ACACUCACCAUGGUUGUAGUCUAAGAAUGUUCUAUAGUGAAGUGCCAAAAAGGUUGAGAAAAAACAACAAAGGACGAAUGGUCAAUAAAUCGUGCUGUGUGGGACUUGAAAGGUACAAUGCGUCCAGUUGUUUAUGUUCUUGUUUUCGCUCAGCUUCCGUUCACCUUUUCUUCAACUUUCUCUUUCGAUACGUUCUAUCCCGCUCCUGACGUGUGUGUGUGUACUGACUGUGUAUAUCCCCUUCUUCUCUAUUCAGCGGACGAGGAGGGCUUUGAGCUUCGGAAGGGAAAGUAGGAGGGAAAGUUUUCGUUUUGGAGGUUGUGAAAACUUGUUGAAACAAAGCGUGAGCUGUGAAAUGCGGAACAGGGACGUAAAUCGAGGCCAAAAAAGCUUAACAUAUGAAACUGCAAAAAGUUUCGUUGUUGUUGUUGUUGUUUUUGUUUUUUUUUGUCGUUGUUGCUGCGGCUUUGGCAGCUUUUCGCUUUCUUUCUUUUUUCUUCUUCGGCAGCUGGCCUUGUGCAGCUGGCGGCUUCGAAUUCGAAGUAUUUUUUGCGCAAGAAUUUCGGCCGAUCCUACCGUAACUUUCGCCAAUUCGCCAAUCGGGGAACUCGUUCGCGUUUUCGCCAACCUGUUGCGAUGGUUACAACGCUACGGGGAGCACUCGCGUCACACAACCUCUCUGUUUGCCUCCUCUUUUCCACCAGGACAGAGAGGAAGUUACCACGGAAACAGAGCAAGUGAAGGAUUCAAGAGUGAAACAGCCAAUGAUUUUCGUGCAACGUCAAGAAUAGACAUCGUUCUAAUUAGGGAGCAACCAUAGACAUACUGUGAAGGUGUUUCAAAGCAGCCUGUUCCAACUCAGUUCCGUUACCGGGGGGGGACAACUUUUUUUCCGUGACUGAGAGUUGAUAGAAUUCCUCGUCCGGAUCUGAAACCAUCCCAUUCUUGUUUUUAGUGUGCGUGUCGUGUGGAUUGGGAUAGCGUUGUGGGAGUUGGUGAUGCCAGCCAGGCGUUAAACAAAGGCACAAGGCAAAACUCUAACCUCAGACUCCUUGUCUUGCGCUUUUUCCUUGUGUGAACAGCGAAUUCGCGGAAAAAAACAAGCGCAAGACAGGGAAAAUUUCACGCUCUCUGUCCUGUUUCCCAGA